UUAAAAAAUCGGAAUAAAAAAGGAAACGUAUAGAAAAAGCUUCUCCAAAGAAUUUGAAGGAGAAAGAUUCAUUCAUGUUCAUUUUUUCCUUUUCCCCUUCGUCCCCAUCAAGUUUCUGAUUCUCUCUUUUCACUUCCUUUCUCUUUCUUCAUUCUUCUUUCUCUUUUCAACUAUUUUCUUUACAUUUUUUUCUUUUUCUCUCGCUUUUUUCGCGUUCACUUUCUCUACUCUGUUUUACGCAUUUUAUUUAUUGUUUUGUUAGUUAAUUUUGCGAUUCGAGUAAUUGGUAUGCUUGUGUUUUCUAGAAGACGAUAUUUUCACGACGAUUAAGCUGCGUUUUCGCCGGUGUCGUUUUACCGCAAGAUGGUGUCGUUUUCGGAAAUAUGCAAAAAGGGUUGAAGUUCUUUCUUCAGCAUUGAAUCUUUGAUUACAUAGGUUGGUUUCUUUGGAAUUCAAUUCAAUUCAAUAAUUGGUCCUCCCUUUUUGUGGAACUCAAUUCAAUUAGGUUAGUGGAAAAAAUAUGGUUGAAUCAAUUGCUGCAACUUCACUCCUUGGCCACCGCCCAAUUUGUGGUGGAAGUUUAACCAGGGAUGUUUCUGCUAAACGCAAAUCUUUGAAUACUGUUCGGUUCCCAACAACUGAGUUUCUUGGUGGGGGAAGGAUUGUGGUUUCUCUGGCUUUGCCUAAAUCUGAUAAGCAGGAUAGGUUUGUGUUUUCAUCAAUUAAGGCCUUGGCUGUGGAGUUAACAAGAGAAGCACAUGCUUAUAGGGAAAAGAAAUUGCCCAAUAGGGAUAACAAGAUUGACCGUGGAUUUGAUCAGAGGCCUGAUUUGUGGCCUCCGGCGAAUAGGGCGGAUAAGCUGUCACUUCGGAAUCCCUUGCUCCGGCAUGAGAGGAUGGGAUGUGGUUGGUUGGGUGCUAUAUUUGAGUGGGAGGGUGUUCUAAUUGAAGACAACCCCGAUUUAGAGAAGCAGGCUUGGCUGGCACUCUCUCAGGAAGAAGGCAAACCCUCUCCUCCUGCUUUUAUCCUCAAGAGAAUAGAAGGCAUGAAGAAUGAACAGGCGAUUUCGGAAGUGCUGUGUUGGUCUAGGGAUCCGGCACAGCUGAGAAGAAUGGCUAAUAGAAAGGAAGAAAUCUACCAAGCUUUGCUGGGUGGGAUAUAUAGUUUCUUGUCUGGGUCCAAGGAGUUUGUGAGUGUUUUGAUGCAUUAUAAGAUACCAAUGGCAUUGGUUUCCACGCGGCCUAGAAAGGCUCUUGAGUCUGCUAUGGGGGAGAUUGGGAUUGAGGACACUUUCAGUGUUAUUGUAGCAGCAGAGGAUGUUCAUAGGGGAAAGCCUGAUCCAGAAAUGUUUGUGUAUGCUGCACAGCUUUUGAACUUCAUACCUGAGAGGGUCAUUGUGUUUGGUAACUCCAAUCUAACAGUGGAGGCUGCUCAUGAAGCCCGGAUGAAGUGUGUGGCUGUUGCUAGCAGGCAUCCUGUAUAUGAGCUUGGGGCUGCAGACUUGGUUGUCAGGCGCCUUGACGAGCUUUCAGUGGUUGAUUUGAAGAAUCUUGCAGACAUUGAAAUGACUGAAUUUGGGUCUGUGGAGCCUGAGAUGGAGCUGGAGGUGGAAAAAGAUCAUGAUACAUCAUCACUUGAUGAAAAUUUCUGGUAAAUCCUAUAAAUGUACAGUUGAUUGAACUCAUCUGAUUGUUGAUGAUAUUAGUUACAGGUUAGUUACUUGUGUAUAUGGUAAACAGAAUAAAUGGGGAAAAAAUGAUAAGUGGUAUGCAUUGAACAUUGAUGUUACUACUAAUGAAUUUUCUGUUCAUAUACAUUCACGAAUUUUUAGAUUUGAUUUA